AUGGAGCAACAUGAAGAACCACAUAACACCGUUUCCAAGAGUCCACUCGGUCGUUUCUUCAAGCUUGAAACAAGAAAAACAACUUUCACAACCGAACUCCGAGCUGCAACCGCCACAUUCCUCACCAUGGCUUACAUCAUUACCGUCAACGCUACCAUCUUAACCGAUUCCGGCGCCACUUGCUCCUUCCACGACUGCUCUUUCGUCGCCGGUUCUCCCCUGCCUGGUCCAAACUGCGUCCUCGGUUCCAACCAAGGCUACGAAGAAUGCCUUGGGAGGGUCAAAAAGGAUCUCGUUGUGGCCACUUCUUUAUCAGCUAUGGUUGGUUCAUUAGCAAUGGGUUUGUUAGCUAAUCUCCCUUUUGGACUUGCUCCUGGUAUGGGAGCAAACGCUUACAUUGCAUACAACGUAGUAGGCUUUCGCGGCUCCGGUUCCAUCUCUUACCACACCGCUAUGGCCAUUGUGUUGCUAGAAGGAUGCGCGUUUCUCGUGGUGUCCGCUUUAGGACUCCGCGGGAAACUAUCCCGUCUCAUCCCUCAGACGGUGAGAGUGGCCUGCGCGGUAGGUAUAGGAAUGUUCAUUGCGUUCGUCGGUUUGCAAAUGAACCAGGGCGUUGGGCUCGUUGGACCGGAUAAGUCAACUCUAGUAACUAUAACCGCCUGCUCCGAGACGGAUCCCGUCACCGGAGCUUGCCUCGGAGGGAGAAUGGAGAGUCCUACGUUUUGGUUAGCUGUGGUCGGGUUUCUCAUAACGAGCUACGGUCUAAUGAAGAACGUAAAAGGGAGUAUGAUUUACGGAAUCGUGUUCGUUACCGUUGUUUCUUGGUUUAGAGGCACUCAAGUCACAACGUUUCCACACACUCCUCUUGGAGACUCAAACUACAACUACUUCAAGAAGGUCGUUGACUUCCACAAGAUCCAGUCAACGUUAGGAGCUAUAAGCUUCACGGAGUUUACAAAGAGCGAAGUGUGGGUCGCGUUCGCUACACUCUUCUACGUGGACCUCCUCGGCACGACCGGAGUUCUCUACACGAUGGCAGAGAUAGGAGGCUUCGUGGAAGAAGACGGGAAGUUCGAAGGAGAGUACAUGGCGUACUUAGUCGACGCCGGCUCAUCCGUGGUGGGGUCCGCAUUAGGGGUUACAACGACGGCGACUUACGUGGAAUCAUCGGCGGGGUUGAGAGAAGGAGGGAAAACGGGGCUAACGGCCGUUAUCGUCGGAAUGUAUUUCUUGGCGUCGAUGUUUUUGACGCCGUUAGUGACGAACGUCCCGAGGUGGGCGGUGGGGCCGUCGCUUGUGAUGGUUGGUGUGAUGAUGAUGGGAGUCGUGAAAGAUAUUAGAUGGGGAGAGACUAAAGAAGCCGUCACGGCGUUUGUAACGAUCUUGCUCAUGCCGUUGACUUAUUCCAUUGCUAAUGGGAUUAUUGCUGGUAUUGGUAUAUAUCUUGCUCUGAGCAUGUACGACGUCGUUUCGGGAUUCGCCACGUGGCUUAACGGGGUUAGGAAGAGGAUGAUGAAAGAGCAUAAUCAAGUUUCUUCCGACGACGCUACCGUUGAGGUUGUAUGA